CUCCUUCCUGUUGCCAUCUACGCUUGGAGACGUUUUUUCAGAGCCUUUUAUUCCUCUCCUCGCCAUCCCUCUCUCCACUCUGUCACACCAUCCCACAGUCCCUCCCAUUGCCCCUUUAAUUGUGUCUUUACAACUUCUCUCCCCUUCGCUCCCACUCGGCGCUGAGAAAUACUUCACCUCAGCUGGAUGAAGAUGCCCGACGCGACACGCGGCUGAGAGUUGAGUAUUUUUGCGCGGUUGGAGAUGUGGAGGGUGUGUGUGACUGCGUGGUUGUGUGUUUAGGAAAUGAGGGGGGCGUGUGUUGUUGAGUUGUGAACACAGCAGUGCAACAGCUGGAUCAGCAGUCCGCCUGUCCCUCCGUGCAGCGCCGCAGAGAGCUCUGAAGACCAGCCCGUGUAUCUACUGUAUGUCUUAUGAUCACCUCUCCGUUCACUAGGAUGUCUCAAUAGGGGUCAUCACAGUAAAUCUAGUAGUGAAACGUUCAUGAUGCCUUCACUGUCCGGGGUUGGAUGUUCUCUUUUCUGUCUCCUUCUGCUCUGGAGGAGAACGGCAGCUCAAAGUGUGGAGGUGCGAUGCUCUGUGGGGGGUCCAGUGGUGGAGCUGCACCCUGUUCAGGGUCUGCUGGAGAGGUUUGAUGCUGGUCCAGGCUGUGCUGCUCGAGAACGCGGGAACAAGGAAACUCAUGUGAUUGCAGUGGGGAGAGUGACAAAGAGCCCCGAAAACAAGGUGACGGUUUUGCUGAGGCCUUUAUCUCUGACCCCCUCCCCUCUCAGAGCCUUCCACCUGUUGCUCAGCUCCAAGCUCCCGCUCACCUGGUGGCUGGAGGCUGAGAGACUGCCCCCCAACCUCCCAGUGCUGGUGCAGGUGUCCUCCAACUCGAGUGUGCAGUCCCGCAACCUGCAUUUGCACAUCCAAACGGUGCGUUCGCUGCCUUUUCGUCCACGUGCACUGUACCGCUGGGCUCUGAAGCACCACGGCAACCUGUCCUCUCUGACACACACAGCACAAGGCAAUCGAGUCUACGUCCCGCUGGGGGAGGACCCAACUCUGCCUGCUGUGUGCCAGCUGCAGUCCAUGUUCCUCUCUCACAGCUACAUGACCUCUGACCUGCAGCAACAGGAAGUGCAGGGUUGCGCCGAGGCACAAGCAGGUGGGAUGAGCCCUGAAGUCCACGUGAUCAAGCUCCAUUCAGCGGGCUCAGGGCUCUGUGGCUCUCUCCAAGUGGAAGUGAUUGUCUCUCUUGUGCCCCUUGUGGCCAACUCAAAGACCCAGAAGGUUGUGCUGAUUCUCAGCAGCUCGGUGCCAGUCAACUGGGCCAUUGUUGCUCACGGUGUGCGGGGUCAUAUCUCCGUUCAUUCCUCCAACAGUGUAUCCCCACCCUACCCACCUGAGCCUGACCUGACCCUGUCCAGUACACUGAACUCUGACCUGUCCACCAUAUCGGACCUGCUUGCAUGGGCCAGUGAGAGCGGCUACCCCAGGGUGACCUCAUACACUGAGGCUGACCUGGCCAAUCGCUUUGUGAUCCAGCUGGCUGGGGGCGGGACAGACGUGGUUGCAGAGAUGAAUCCUCUGGUUGUGAGGCCUCCCUGGGCGGAGGAGCACAGGCUGAGGCAGUGGCUGAACGGCGGAGGCAGAGCAGGAGGAGGCCGAGAGAGUUUCACAGUGCAGUGUGAGGACGGACGCCUCAGCGUGACCGUGGACCAACACAUCCUGCAGAGCUUUUCUGUCCCUGUGGCUGCUGUGACCCUACGUGACUCGACGUGCCAGGCUCAGUCCAAUGGGAGCCAUUUCCUGUUGGCGUUCCCAGUGAUUUCCUGUGGGACUGAGGGUCUGCUCCUGGGACAGCCCAGAGGGGUGCAGUACAAAAACAUGGUGUUAUUAUGGAGAGACAAACCUGAGACCAUUCUCGCCCUCAAUGACACAGAGAAGAAAUCCAAAAGUCCACUAGGCAUACAUUUCAGCUGUUUUGCUGCAGUCCCCACCCUCCCCGGCCCCCCUGUAGACAGUGAUGAUGUCAAGGUAAACACUCUUCAGGCAGGGCCGGUCCCCUGGGCGCCCAAGGGUCCAGGGCUUAAAACAGGAAUGAGCCACAUACCGAUACCCAGACGCAGACCUGGGCCUGUUCUUAUUUUGAAGCUGUUUGUCACCGAAAGCUACGAGCCGGGACGGAUUGGCCCCUGUGUCAUAACUGCAGACCACCGUGUCUAUGUUGAGAUCUCAGCCAAAGGGCCCCUCAUAGAAGUUGUGGAGGUGAACUCAUGUGUGGUCUCUCCCCUGUCGGACCCAAAAAAGUCUAGUUUCUGGACUGUCAUAAGCGAUGGAUGUUCCUCAAACCCCUCAUUGACCCUUGAUGGAGAUGAUGAAGAGGACGAAGAGGCACAAGGUGAUGGUGAACUGGAAGAGGAGAAGGAAGAAAUGGAGGGACUGGAAAAAGGAAGAACUCAUGAGAGAGGUGGGGGAGUCUCACUCCGACACAAAGGUGAAAGAAGAAGGGGAGAGAAACCAGAAAGUGUGGGAGCAGAGGAGGAGAUACAGCCCUUGAGAUUUAGUUUCAUCCUGCGGCCAGUUUAUAAUGACCCUAUGCAGUUCCUCCACUGCAGCCUCCGCCUUUGUGUCUCUGACUCAACAAGAGGGGAACCCAUGAAGGAGACUGUCAAGAAUGACUGUGAGGACGGCAUACGUAUCCCUCCACUUGUAUCUAGAUCACCUAGACGUCAGUGUGAGAUCAGAAACCUCUCCAGGCCCAUGGUGGUCACCCAGCCUAUUAGUGCACCCAAACUGCUGAGGCCCCCUGCUGGCCAAAGGACCAAGAGACUGAGCACCUCCCCAGUGGCGAGUCCAGACCCAGAGCACAGCAGCUCUGUGGUGCAGACAGGACCAGUGAUGGGAAUCGUCUUUGCUGCCUUUGUGAUGGGUGUCAGUCUGAUGGGGGGGCUGUGGUGCAUCUACUAUUACACAGGAGCACACUCAGCAUCACUUGGAGAAGGAGGUCAUUUAACAGACCAGGCUCACAGAGUCCACAACAUCUGGAAUACCUCCCCGUCUGAUCAGUCCUCCAGCUCGGUGUAGAGGAUUUCCUCCCUGCAAAUCUGAGAGAGGAGAACUGGAGCAGAGGUUCUAGCAACAUGUGUGUGUGUCUGUGCAUGUGUGUGUGCGUGUGUGUGAGCGAGCACAGCUGCCUGUAUGUGUGUGUGUGUGUGUGUGUGUGUGUGCGUGUGUGUGUGCGUGCGUGUUUGCAGAGCCGUGUUCGUGCAGCUCUCCGCGUGAGUAUCACUCCGUGCAGCAUGCAGGACUGACACCAUGUGAAUACAGUAGCACUCACUCAUCAUUGUGAAGAUCAGGUGUUUGAUUCAAAGUGAAACGUUGUUUGUUUGAUGCUGCAAACCAUUGUACACAAGUAAUUUCCAAACUGGCAGCCCCUGAUUGAAGAGACCUCUAUCUGGUUUCAACAGGAUCUAAGCUUGGUUGGCGUGACUCAAACAGAAAUUGUGUCACCAUCGCCUUAGGAAACGGACCACAAGGUCAAAGAUGAAUUGAAAUGUUAGCGAGUGUGUGCCUGUUUGAAGAGUCAGUGUUUUACAGAGUCAUUUUCACUGUUUGUGUUGUAACUGUCAAUCAGCUGGAUAUCAAAACUGCAUUUUACUGUACAUUUACCGUAUGUGAUUGUGGCAAAUAAGAUGUAUUGAAAGAGCCAUGUUGACUUUCUGUUUCACUCUGAAAUCACAUGCAACACGAAUAAAACGACAGAAGUUAA